AUGAUUAACGGUCUACAGAGCGUGACCGAGUGGGAGAAAUUUUUCAAUUUCCCUGCAGGUGGGAAGCUGGGCCUUUUCAACGCCAUUCAGAAUAUCGGAUCUCUCUGUGCCUAUCCUUUUGCUCCAUACAUCGCCGAUGGUUUGGGCCGUAGAUCGACUAUCUGGAUGGGCGCAGCGAUCAUGGUUAUUGCAACCGUUAUACAGACCGCAUCGCAGAACUUUGGAAUGUUCAUUGGAGCACGAUUUUUGAUUGGAUUUGGGCUUACCUUUGGUGCAUCGUCCGCCCCGCUUUUGAUUACGGAGAUUGCGUAUCCUACUCAGCGGGCACAGUUGACAUCAGUGUAUAACAGUCUUUGGUAUGAGCCGCAUCAGUCCCAUCAGAGCAUCACUGAAUCAUCAUUCAACCUUCAAGGCAUCUUGGAAGCAUCAUUGCCCGAAUCUCCUCGAUGGCUAGUUGGUAGAGGAAGGGAAUCUGAGGCGCUAGAGACACUUGCGUACUAUCAUGCCGACGGCGACAGAAAUGAUCCACUAGUGCAAUGGGAAUUCGAAGAAAUUAAGGCUGCCCUGGCAUUUGAUCGCGAGGUCGCAGCAAACGUCGGCUGGUUAUCACUAUUUUCAACCCCAGGAAACCGUCGUCGCAUGCGCAUUAUUGUUGCACUUGCCUUCUUCUCGCAAUGGUCUGGGAAUGGAUUAGGUUGUAUUGUGGCCGUUUCUUCGGGAUUCCUGUGUGAACGAGUUGGAAGGAGGCCGCUAUUCUUGUCCUCUUGCUUGGGUUUACUAUUAACAUGGACUUUGGAGACUAUAUGCUUCGCGGUAUAUUCUGAGACUGGGGACAAGGCUGCAGGAAACGCUGUCGUGGCUAUGAUGUCCUUCUGCUACUUUUUCGUCGUGGAAACCAAGAACCGGAGUCUGGAAGAGACUGCUGCGUUGUUCGAUGGAACUGAGGCAGUAUUGAUGGUAACAGAAAAGGCUGCAGAGAAUGCUGGCCUCAAGAAGCGGUUGGCAAAUGAAGAGAGCAAGAAAGAAAGUAGUGAGAAAAUCGAACAAGCAAUGAUUGAGCAGAUCUAA